AUGGUGGAGAUUGGACGUGCUGAUGUUUACAGAGUGACAGUGUCACCAUUCACCAAAGAGGGAGCAUGCUGUCCUGAGAGGCUGAUGUUUUGAAAAAGAUCCAUAUCGGUAAUCACUGGAGCAAAACGGCCAUCAAACAAAACCCAGGUGAGUAGUGACAGGAUAAAAACAUUGUACGUAAUUCUGAUUGAUUGUAAAGUUUAUGGAUUUCAAUAAAAAAAAGCUUAUUACCAUAAUUAUGAUGGAGCUUGUGUUGGCUUCCUGUAGUGAAGAGGCAUGUUCACUCUAGCAACGAAAUGUUACAAUUAAUUAUGUCCCUCGCUCUUUCCACACCCCACUAUCUCUCUCCUUCUCUCCCACACCCUAUAUCUCUCUCCCCCAACCCCCCUCUCUAACUUCUCCCAUUUCUUCCCCAAUACAUGUAUUUAUUAUGUCAGUGAAGCGUAUAAUGAAUAAUAACGUUAAUGACCAGAUUUUUUUCUCCUGUCGACUUCAUGUAGUGGAGAUCUUUUUUUUUUUUAUACCCAAUGCAUAUUUCUUAUAUUUGAAUGUUUUGUUUGUGACUCAGUGGGAAACAUUGUCCCAAUGCACUUAGUACAAAUAUGAUGGUAGAAAAAAUACUGUAAAUCAUUAUAAUCUGGGCCAGCCCAAACCCCAAAACAUGUGCAUCCAGUUAUAUAAGGAGCCCUGUGAAAGAACACAUGCAUUCAUUUAAAACACAGCAUAUAUCCAUGUCUAUAUUCCUUAUUAAGCAUAUAUCUGGAUUAUAAAAUAUCAAACAUGUUCAUUCUGUUUCACCAUUAUCAUUCAUAACACAUUAUAAAAACAUUUAUCAUUCAUCAUCCUCCCCGGCCCCUGAGAUUAUGUGCAUGUGGCCAUGUGUCAGGUCAUAAGCAUAAAGAAAUGCUAACACUAGUUCCAUUGUUACUUCAAUCUCCACACAGCCAUCACGUCAGUGACAUUCCCAGACCAGCUGCAGGGAGUUUUUAUGAAAAACACAUAAAUGUCUCUGCUAUGUAUUCACCCUUCAACUGGUUCUCAAUCCAUAAACAUUUUAAGGCAUAUAGGUUUUUAAUUUUACAACAUAUCCGUGCUUAUUACUAAUAUUAUUAUUUUACCUUUGACCUCUCCCUACAUUUGCCUUCAUGAUACAUAAAAUAAUACCAUAAUACAAGAGCUUCAGAGGACCCUUGUCAACUUCUUCUGGUCUGGACAACAUUGGAUUAAAGCUUCAGCCCUGUACCUGCCACUGCACGAGGGUGGGCAAGGCCUGGUGGACAUUUCUUCCAGGAUCAUGGCUUUCCGGCUUCAAGCAGCCCAGAGACUGUUGUACAGUGACGGUUCUAGCUGGGUUGACACAGCCUACGCAUUGAUGAGGAGAGCGGGCUGUUUGGGCUUAGACAAGCACCUUUUCCUCUUAAAGCUGGAGGGGGGUGAGUUGCCUGGCCUGACUCCAUUUUAUGAGUCUGUUAUGCAGGCUUGGAGAGUUCUGGUCAAGUCCCGUAAGGCCUGCACGCCACCAGGGAUGUGGCUUUUUGAAGAGCCUCUUUUUCACAACACUGCCAUCCAGUCCCGUGUUCUGGGUUCAGCUAGCCUACGUUCAUGCCUGUUAGGCGUGGGGUGUACUAAGCUGGGUCAUCUGAUGUGGAACAGGAAUAGUUCGUUGGAGGAGCUGGGAGAAAGAGCGGGGAUCCGAUCGUCUCACCUACUGAGGAAGGUCGUCGCUGAGGUCUGUGAUUCCUUGCCAGUACUUCAUCUGCAGUAUGUGACAGUAUGUGACUGACACUUCCAAUUCUGAUCGGUGGAAGGAGGGUCUGGAUUAUGUGUUCCCUGCACUGAUUGUUAGUGCUGCGGCGGGGGCAUUCGAGGAGGACGUGGGGAUGCUGCUUUCCUUCGAUACCCCGGAGCUGGGGGAGUUCAAGGAGGUGGGAAAGAAGGCCAUGUACAGAAUAUGUGUAAAGGUGUCCCAUGCCUCUUCCCUGGAAGGGGUAAAAUCGACGAGGUGGGCGGGUGUGCUUGGUCCAGGUGCCUCCCCAAAAGGCUGUUGGCGAACAUUAUACAAACUGCCUAUUGAUAAGAGGACAGCUGACCUCCAAUGGAGGAUAAUGCAUGGAGCCAUAGCCACCAACAUGUAUCUGGUACACCUGGAUCCUACUGUUGGGGAGGGGUGUCCAUUCUGUGCUCAGUCUGAAACUCUGGCACAUCUGUUUUUACAGUGUCCCAGGUUGGUCGGGAUGAUUGACCUGAUCACUAAUUGGUUCUCAGCUCUGGGAGAGGUUUUCUCUUCCCAACUGUAUAUAUUUGGGCCAAAGUACAGGUUUAGUCAGAAAGGUGUAGUUGUGUUGCUUAAUUUUGUGUUAGGGGCAGCAAAAUUAGCCAUAUGGAAGACCCGAAAGAACAGUAUUCGGGGACAGGGGUCUGUGGAUGUGGUGGGAAUGCUGGAGGGAAUGUUGGCAGCAAGACUAAGGGUUGAGUUUGCCUAUUAUAAACUUGUCAACAAUAUUGAUCUGUUUAUGAGUAUAUGGGGUAUUCAGAGUCUGUUGUGUUCAGUUACUGUGGAGGAGGAAUUGGAGUUGUGUUUUUAAUUGAUGUGUAAAUACGGUUUUGUAUGAGUAUUUGUGUGGUGGGCUCCCAGACCCAAUAAAGAUUAUUUGAAACUCAAACUCUCUCUCUCUCUCUCUCUCUCUCUCUCUCUCUCUCUCUCUCUCUCUCUCUCUCUCUCUCUCUCUCUCUCUCUCUCUCUCUCUCUCUCUCUCUCUCUCUCUCUCUCUCGUCAUAUCCCACAUCCCAGCAGGAGAGACCAACACCUUCCAGUGUAAUGGGAUGGAGGGUCGCUAUGUUGUUGUGGUAAUACCUGGACAGAACAAGAUUCUCACUCUGUGAACUCUUAACCUCUUAUUUCAGACCCAUAAACCCCUCUUCCCUCCACUCCUCCUACCACUACUAUCCCCCCCUCUUCUCUCUCCUCUUCUCCAACAUCCACCCGUCUCCCCUCCACUCCUCCUCAUACAAAUACUAUUCCCCAUCUUCUAAACAUGUCAAAUGCCUACACUGUAAGAUGGUAAAGAAUAACUUGUCAUUUCUGUAUUAAAACAUUAUUCUCUAUGUCACUGUAUUAAAUGUAGCUUUGAAAGGAGUGGCCACCCAGUCAUCACUGUAUGAGGAUGGCAAUGCUCACAAUGCCAUUGAUGGGAACAGAGAAUCAAACUAUAAGCAAGGAUCCUGCACCCACACUACACAGGAGACCAACCCCUGGUGGAGAGUGGACGUGCUGGAUGUGUACAGAGUGACAGCUGUCACCAUCACCAACAGAGGAGACUGCUGUCCUGAGAGGCUUGAUGGUGAAAAGAUCCAUAUCGGUAAUUCACUGGAGAACAACGGCAUCAACAACCCCAGGUGA